AUCCAUCUCAGACAUUGUAUAGACUUUCCUGGUGUUGGACCCCACCUGAGAUACGAGGAUCCUUCACGUGCCUUUGUCUAACCAUGACUCAACGUCGAAUCAUGCGAUGGUCUUCUCUCCAUCAACUCAACAUCUCCCACUGUCAAUUCCAUCUCAUCUGUGAUUGCAAUAAUGUCUAAAUCAUUCGACAAGAUCCCCUCUUCUGCGAGGGUAUCCCCAUCUCCGUUGGAAAUAUCCUUUCCUGAGGAUCAAAUCGCCGAUCUGAAGACGCUCGUGAAGCUCUCCAAGACAGCCCCACCCACGUAUGAAGGCGCGCAGCCGGAUCGUCGAUUGGGUAUCACGACGGCGUGGCUCACUUCGAUGAAGGAGAAAUGGGCUACUGAUUUUGACUGGAGAAAAUGUGAAGCCCGUCUCAACAGCUUCCCUCAGUUCACCACGACGGUCGAGAAUAUCAAGGUGCAUUUUACGGGGCUAUUCUCUGAGAAGGAGAAUGCAGUGCCUAUUCUUCUCCUUCAUGGAUGGCCGGGAAGUAUUUUGGAGUUUCUUCCUCUCCUUCAACUGUUCAAAGACGAGUUCACCCCAGAGACUCUGCCUUAUCACUUCAUUGUCCCCUCGCUUCCAGGAUACUUCCUUUCUUCUGGUCCACCGGUUGAUAAAGACUUUACUACUCAAGACAUUGCCCGAGUUGUGGAUCAGCUGAUGAAAGACCUUGGAUUUGAGAGGGGCUAUGUGACACAAGGAGGGGAUAUCGGUAGUAGGGUUUCUCGAAUACUUGGAGUAGACCACGAUAGCUGCAAAGCGGUUCACUUGAACUUUAACUUGAUGCAACGCCCCGAUGGAUUCUCCGAUGAUGUUCUAACGGCAUCCGAAAAGAGUGGAUUGGCAAGGGGGUCUGCCUUUAUGAGUCACGGUAGAGCUUAUGCUUUUGAGCAUGGGACUAGACCGAGUACCAUUGGCCAUAUCCUGUCCACCAACCCCGUGGCCUUGCUUUCAUGGUGCGGAGAAAAAUUCCUUGACUGGGUCGACGAGCCUCUUCCUGACGAGACUAUCUUGGAAUUCGUCUCGUUGUACUGGCUUACGGAGACGUUCCCGCGUUCCAUCUAUACGUAUCGAGAGUACUACCAAGGUCAAAGAUACGACAUGACCAGUCGAUGGUACAUCAAUAAACCAUUCGGUUUCUCUUACUUUCCCAUGGAACUAUUACCGGUACCAAAGUCGUGGGUAGACACAACAGGAAAUCUCGUAUUCUGGAAACAGCAUGAAAAGGGUGGACACUUUGCGGCACUCGAACGGCCAGGACAGAUGAAAGCAGAUAUCUCCGAGUUUGUAAACCAGGUCUGGCCUACCACGAACUAGGCAAUGAGUGGGAUGUAGUUACUUUAUUGAACACAAAAUCUCAUCUAUUUGAUUUCAAUUAAACGAAACCCGCUAGUUCAUACGAACAAGAUUUAAUCUAAGAUAAGUCAACCUAAUUCUCGAU